AGGUGUCUCCGCGCUUUUGGAUACUCUUGUGUUUUUGGGCACUCUUUUUGAGCACCGAGGCUGUGAGCUGCUCUUUUCUGAGCAGCAGAACUGGAUUUCCUGAAGGGUGAAUUACCAUGACGACAGAGCCAAGUUCAGAGUUAGAAGCCAAGCCGGAGCAGCAGGGGGCUGGCGCGGCUCCGCCCCACACAGCCCCGCCCCUCGACGACCAGCUUCCACCUGCAGCUGCCCACAGCACGCCAGUUAGAAAAGAACAGAACGGGGCAAGAGAGGCGGGAGGUGUCCCACAGGGGAAACCGGAUCACCAGGUGGCCGAGGACGACCUCACCUCCCACAGGUCCUCCUCCAGCAAGCUUUCCAGGUCUCCAGUCAAGGUGACCAAGAAGCCCAAAAACAUGCAGUGCAAAGUCACACUCCUGGAUGGCUCGGACUACACCUGCGUGGUGGAGAAACGGGAUAAAGGCCAGGUGCUUUUUGACAAAGUCUGUGAGCAUCUGAAUCUUCUGGAGAAGGACUACUUUGGUAUUACAUUCCGUGAUGUAGAGAAUCAAAAGAACUGGCUGGACCCAGCCAAAGACAUGAAGAAGCAGAUCAGGGGAGUUGCCUGGAAUUUCUCCUUCAAUGUGAAGUUUUAUCCUCCAGACCCCGCUCAGCUCUCUGAGGACAUCACAAGGUAUUACCUGUGUCUACAGUUGAGAGAUGAUGUUGCGUCUGGUCGUCCCUGCUCCUUUGCCACACACACAGUGCUUGGUUCAUACACAGUCCAGUCAGAGCUGGGAGAUUAUGAUCCAGAUGAAUAUGGCACGGAGUACGUCAGCGAGUUUCGUUUUGCCCCACACCAGACCAAGGAGCUGGAAGAGAAGGUCAUGGACCUCCACAAGAACUACAAAGGGAUGACGCCAGCUGAGGCUGAAAUGCACUUCCUGGAGAAUGUGAAAAAGCUGUCAAUGUAUGGCGUCGACCUCCAUCAUGCCAAGGAUUCAGAGGGGGUGGAGAUCAUGCUGGGUGUGUGUUCCUCCGGCCUCCUCAUCUACCGUGACCGCCUGCGCAUCAACAGGUUCGCCUGGCCCAAAGUCCUGAAGAUCUCCUACAAGAGGAAUAACUUCUACAUCAAAAUCCGACCUGGAGAGUUUGAGCAGUUUGAAAGCACAAUCGGCUUUAAGCUCCCCAACCACAGAGCAGCAAAGAGACUCUGGAAAGUUUGUGUGGAGCACCACACUUUCUUCAGGUUGGUGUCUCCAGAAACUCCUCCUAAGAAGUUCCUGACCCUUGGCUCCAAGUUCCGCUACAGUGGCAGAACCCAGGUCCAAACGAGACGGGCCAGUUCACAGAUAGUUCGCCCAGCUCCUUACUUUGAGCGUUCUACAAGCAAGCGCUACACCAUGUCCCGCAGCCUAGAUGGAGAGAUGGGCACUGCAUUGUACGGGGCUGCAAAAGGCAUCGCAAUGAGUGACCUCAUCACCACAGUCACACCAGAGAAGAAGGCAGAGGAGAAGAAAGCAGAGGAAGCCUUGGUGCUUGUAGAAAACGUUGUUGUGGUGGAAGAAGAGGACGAGACGACGAAGGUUACAGAGGUUUCACAGCCAAGUCCACCAACUCCUGUUCGACAGGACACAAGGACUGAUUUCACAGACACUGCUAUCGAUGGUGAAUUAACAGCCACUGAGUCAGACCAGGAGGAAGAGUCUGAAAUAAGGACACAGGAGGUGGAGAAAACGCCUGAUGAGCUGCUCAAACACCAGACCAACAUUAGUGAGCUGAAGAGGACUUUCCUGGAGGGAGGUGUCGAUAAGUCAGGCCUGACGGAGUGGGAGAAGCGCCUUUCUUCAUCCCCUCUGCGAUCCCCCCGGCUGGACGAGGCCCCUAUGAUUGAACCCUUAGUGCCUGAGGAUACCAAAGAGGAUUCAAAAGCAGUGGGUGAGAAAGAGGAGGCUGCUGGAGGAACAGAAGCACAGGAGAGCCUGGAGGACAGGAAAGUUGAUGUGGAGUCUGAUGGGUGGGUAAUUAUAAACAAGGUUCCUCCUAAGGUCCCUGAAAAGAAAAACAUAGUCAGCUACAAACUAGUGGGCAUUACUAGCACUGUAACUGCCGACGAGGCUCUGGGUGACAUAUCGCUUAAACCUCCUGAGGAAGCUGUGGAGAAGGCAGUGGCAGUGGGAGAAGAGAUUGGCAAGUCCUACGACACCACCUCGGGAAAGAUCGUUAGCGUGACCACAGAUACUGAGCUCCCAUCCCCGUUGCUCACAGCAGAGAAGAAGCUGUCAGACCAGACCACCACUGCGGCUGUGAAGAUUAUUCCAGUUUCUGCUGAGUAUGAGGCUGCAGUCCUCAAAGCUACCGAAGCCAUAACAGCACCGGUGAUCACCAUUAAAGAAGCCAGGACCCCAUCUCCCUCAGAGCCUACAGAAGGCGUUGUGAGGACGGUGGUGGCCAUCCGUUCCAGUGAGGAAAUCGGAGAGACGAAGAGGGCGGAGAUCAGGUUGCUUACAGACCCUUCACUGAGGGACGGUGCCCCUCCUACACCAAGAUCUCCUCUCAGGUCCCCACUGAGAUCUCCACUUAAAUCUCCUCUCAGAUCUCCAGCGAAGAUGCCGAUGGAUCUCAGCACUGGACCAAGCUCCUAUCUAACCAAAACCUCCCCAACAGCCAGAGUGCCUAAGCCCACGUUCGAUGAGAUGUCUCCAGAGCUCACUGCUCUGCUGCAGUCUGCUCGUGAACAGAUCAGCACGCGCAGCUGGGUUUCGACCUCUCCAACCACCGUGCAUACUCAGGCCUUCUUUAAGACCUCUAAAGGUCCAGAGAGGACAGCAGAUACGCAGAAGCUUCUGGAAAAAGAACAGCCAAAGGACGAGGAGCAGACAGCUGAUAAGCAGCAGGAUAAAUCAUCAGAACAGUCACAGCUGUCCUCGCUGCUACAGACAGAGGUUGUAACCUUCAGCGGUGCAUUGUCGGAUACAGAGAGGCUGGUGACACGGGAAAUGCCAGUAAUCCACACGGAAAUGAAGACCAUAACAUACGAGGCCCUGCAGGGUGACACGGAUGGCGACGCAGAGCCAGGGAUUCUAAUGAGUGCUCAGACCAUCACAUCUGAGACCACCAGUACAACCACCACUACACAUAUCACUAAGACUGUGAAAGGAGGCAUCUCAGAAACAAGGAUUGAGAAGAGGAUUGUUAUCUCGGGGGACGCAGACAUUGACCACGAUGAGGCCCUGGCUCAGGCCAUUAAAGAAGCCAAAGAGCAGCACCCCGACAUGUCAGUGACCAAAGUAGUGGUUCACAAAGAGACUGAAAUCACACCAGAAGAGGGCGAGGAGUGAUGAAGGAUUAGUGCCUCUUCUCACUUCCCGGAGAAAUCUUGCGUGUACACCUUGCAGAAUGAAGGACGCUUUGGAGAAGUCGCCCAUGGAAACAACACCACAAACAAACCAAUGGAUACACUUCAUCUGAGCACCGCUGGAGUAACCUCUCACACACACACACACACACACUCUACAACACACGCUUACUGAACUACCGGGCAGCCUGGUCCAGCAUUGGAUCACUGAUAUUGCAUGACAAGGGAACAACUGCUUUUUUUUUGUAAAGAGAACAAAAGAUAUAUAUACCUUUUAGGACAUACUCUAUGACAACGGUGUAAAUUUCAGUCUACCCUGCGUGCUCCUCCUAAAGGGAGAAGAAUGUAUGUGACAAGAAUUUUGAAAAUAGUACUGGUACAAGUACCUGCAUUUUAUUUAUUAGAAUACUGCUCAAUGCGAAAAAAUAAUAAUAAUACUAGACUAUCCGUAUGAGCACACAGUAUUUAACCAUGCAAUAGGUGUGCUGCUCACGCCGCCAGUCACCACGUCUUGGUCCUGUCACCCCUCUCCUGCCUCUGAUGUGCUCCAUGUUGAACGUACUUCAUAUGAUUGAGAAUAUGAAUGAUGCACCCAUUGCUUUGUAGACCAUGCAUAUUAGAAAGAAACAUGUUGUUUUUACUUGAAUUAUGUGUACAUUUUUUAUGUUUUACCCUUAAAUUUACUGACUGAAAGGCAAUGUGGGGACUUUUCACUGUCUGUUUUGUUUGCUUUUUUUUCCAAGAACGAAGACUGGCACUGUGACCACAUUUGUCACUAUUCAGAGUCUAAGUGACUGCUGCCCAACGUCACAUUUUUAAGUCAUUUCCCAAAUUGUCCAUGCCUAGAGUGGCAUACCUGAGCCUUAAAAUGUAUAAACUGGAUAUAAUAUCUGAAACAUCUCCAGUUAUGUGUGUUUGUGCCCUUGUUUUAUUAUUAUUAUUAUUAGUCAUUUGCCUGUGUGUUUUUUAAACCACCAUCCUGUCAUACGCUGCAGUCCAUGUUGAAAGUGUUUACCACAUGAGCUCAAAUAAAAUGGCAAAUAUAUUUGA